UCGACGUUUUGGGGAAUGGGUUUGUCGAAGGGAACAAGAUGGCGACUCAGGCAAAAGCGUCAACAUAUUUAGUAGAGUAGAUGUCAAAAUUCCAACUAAUAUAGCUUUUUAUUGGCAACCCUGUAGGUUUCCAUGCAUCAUGAAGACCAGGAUCAUGUUUUUGUGUAGAAAUUGAUCAGAAUACGACUAAUUUGAGCCAGCGAGAUGUGCGAGAGCUAUGCCCGCUCGCUGCUCCGUGUUUCGGUGGCGCAGAUCUGCCAAGCGCUUGGCUGGGAUGCGGUUCAACUCACUGCUUGUGACCUGCUAUCUGAUGUUCUGCAUCGAUAUAUUCAGCAGUUAGCAAGAGGCUGUCAUCGAUACUCAGAACUUUAUGGACGAACAGAUCCUGUGUUGGAUGAUGUUGGCCAGGCCUUCAGGCUUCUGGGGGUGAGCUUGAGUGAGCUCGAGGACUAUGUCCACAACCUGGAACCAGUGGGCUUUGCCCAGCAGACUCCACUCUUCCCUGUCAGCAAAAACAAUGUGCUGCAGUUUCCUCAGUCUGGGGCCCGUGAUGCAGAGGAUAGGAAGGACUACAUUCCAGAUUACAUGCCGCCCCUCGUCUCCUUACAAGAAGAAGAGGAGGAGGAAGAGGUCCUUGCUGACAUGGGAACCUCAGCUGAAGCUAUGCAGGUUCCAUUGGAUGAUGACGAUGAGGAUUUGGAGGAUGAUGAAGCAGUCAAUGAUGAGAACUACCCUGUGAAGAGACACCUAGAUAGCCCUGACGCAGCCAUGGGCAUGAUGCCGACCUCCAAGAGGCCACGUAUGCAUCCAGGCUUCAGCCCAGAAUGGGGGAUAGAGCCCAGGGAGCCCCUCACUUCCCUAAAUCCCCAGCGUGUUCCGCCUGGUAUGUUGGCAUCUCACGAUGGUCUGAGCUCACUUUCUCUAUCCCCUGAACCACCCUCUGGAACUCCAGUCUCCUUCCGAGCCCAGCCGGUGAUGCCCAGAAACCCAGACCACAAGUCCCAUGGUACGCCAGGCCGCAAGCCCAAGGUCUCGUCCCCGGGAAGACCACGAACUAAGUCCCCCAAGGGUUUCAACGCUGGAGCUGUGGGUGGCAGCCCCAUCCGCUCUCCAAAAUCUUCGCAAAAGGAGAGAAAGAAAUCUCCGGGCCGCACCAAGAGUCCGAAGAGCCCUAAGAGUCCUAAAAUGGGCUCUACCAAAGCAUCUCAUCUGCAGGGGAAGACCGACGCUCUCCAGAGGUUGCCUCUCUCUGCGUUGAGCGAGCGAAUGGGCAAGGAGAACAUCCAUAUGCGUCAGAGCCUAGAGGAGAGAGAGCUGGCUGAGGCCCAUUUCAGGAAACUUGAACCUGAAACUGCGGAUAUUGACGACUCCAUAGAUGCCGUGAUUGCGAGAGCGUGUGCCGAGAGGGAGCCUGACCCAUUUGCUUUCUCCUCGGGCUCGGAGUCUGAAAGCGACGGUUUCUCCAGUCCCAGGAGGCUCACCAUCAUGGAGCCGUCCACCCCCAAGCUUAUGUUAGGGCCAAACAGCUUUGGGAAAGACACAUCAACACCACUCCCCCUGAAUGCAGGCCCAGGAAACUGGACAAUGGAUGACUCUAUCAACGAAGUUAUACGCAAGGUUAACCAGGGGGGUCCCUCAGGCACUCCCCAAAACCAAGAUUACAUGUCCUCGGCCUCAGCCUCACCACCAACUCCCGAACCGCUACUCAAAGUCUUUGAGGAGAAGAACAAGAUGGUGUCCUCGGCAGAUAUCAAGAAGAAACUGAAGAAGGAGCUUAAGACAAAACUGAAGAAAAAGGAGAAAGACAAGCCGAAAGACAAGGACAAAGACAGAGACAGGGGCAAGAUGAAGGAGAAAAGUAAGGACAAGAAUAGGGACAAGAGCAAAGAUUUUUCCAAGGAGGGCAAGAUGCCCUGGAAAGACUUUGGCGUUAAGGAUGAUGACAUCAGAGAUCACUUCCGUCAGAGGGAUUUGGGUGGGCCUGAGGGCUCAAUUAAGAUAAAGUCUAGAGAUGUAGGAGAGGGGUCCAGGAAGGAGAAGGACAAACACAAAGAUAAGCGGAGGGACAAAGAAAAGAGCAAGAGGGACAAGAGAGACAAGGGCAAAGACAGAGGGAGGGACGAAAGGAAACUUUCCACCCUUAACCCCUUUGGUCUUGGUGACAUCCCAGCCCUCUUCAGCCCCUCCACCUGCUUGCGCAUUCCCUCCAUGUUGCCCCCUCUUCCCCCCAUCCUCCAGGAUAAGGAUGUGAAGAGCAAAGAGAAGGAUAAGAAGAAAGACAAGAAGGAGAAAAAGAAGAAGAAAGACAAGGAGAAGGAAAAGGAGAGGGAGAAGGCAAAGGAGAAGGAGCGGGAGAAAGAGGAGAAACGUAAAGAGAAAGAGCGGGAGAAGGAGAAGCGAGAGAAGGAGAAAGAGAAGGAAAAGGAGAGGAUCCGUCUUGAAAAGGUGAAGGUGGAGACCUCUCCAGCUGUUCCAUCUCCAGUUAUCCCCAGGCUGACCCUAAGGGUGGGAGCCGGCCAAGACAAGAUUGUUAUCAGCAAAGUGGUCCCAAAUUCAGAACCUCCCAAAACUCUGGCUCCAAAGACCCCCAUCGCCAAAUCUGGACCAGGAAAUCGCCCCAGGACACCUCCGCCUCCUCCGAUACUCUCCCCAGUUGUACCUUUGUUGGUCCCGCCUGCCUCGCCACUCGCCCCUGCCGCUGCUCCUCUGCCAAUGCUGUCGCCCGCGUCUAUACUCUCUGCUGGAGGAUCCCUCAAAACACCUGUACGGAGCGUGGUGACUGAGACUGUCAGUACAUAUGUGAUCCGUGACGAGUGGGGCAACCAGAUCUGGAUCUGCCCUGGAUGCAACAAGCCUGAUGAUGGGAGUCCCAUGAUAGGAUGUGAUGACUGUGAUGACUGGUACCACUGGCCAUGUGUUGGGAUUCUCACUGCUCCCCCAGAGGACCAACAGUGGUUCUGUGUUAAAUGUGCUGGCAAGAAGAAGGACAAAAAACACAAGAAAAGGAAACACAAAGUGCAUUGAGACUAUGCAAAAAGCAAGUUUUUGAUCUUUUUUGGACUGCUUCAACCCAUCCUUGGAACACUCCUGGCACCGCUGUAAAAGAAAACUCAUGUUUGACAUUCACUGAUGAUUUCAGUGAAUUAAAUGAACUCAUGCAAAUUUUUGACCCUGUAAAGAAAAAAGAAUCAAACCAGCACAUAUCCACCUUCCUUCUUUUCCUGUAGGCUCCAUAAUUACCACUUCCCAUCUGUACAUUAGGGCCUUUUGUUGAUGUGGAUGUCCAGCCAUCAGGAAUGUUUAGGUGGUUAAUUUCCUACAAAUUAUGCCUUUUCUUCAUGAUUACAAAAAGACUGAGGUCAGUGUUGUCACAAAGCAUUUAGAGAGAAGUCUACACACAUUGUCAUAGUGUCCCUGUUCUGUUCGAAUUGCCACAAAAGGAAGUUAAAAAUCAUACUGUAUGACAGAUGCCUCUUUAAAUCUUACCAUUUUCUGCAGUAGCAUAAAUGUCAUGUAUAUAAAGAUGACUGCUUUUGUGUGUAUAAAUGUGUAAAUACCAACUUCCAAGCCAAGUGCAUUUUGUUCUUAGGAUUCUGACUUGUUAAAUCCAUUUCCAGAUAUUGGUUUUAACUUGAAUGAUUUUCUGUAAUUUCUGUAUAUUUUUUUAAAUGAAAGUUUGUAUUUUUAUUUUUCUUCACAUGGAUUGUCCUGGAGUUCUACUAUAGCUGUGCGUGUUGUAACCUGUCUUAUUUUUGCAGAUAUUUCAAUAUUAAAGCCUAACAGUCUU